AGAUCUUCCCAGCGGCUCAACUCCGGGCUGCGGCGCUCCGGCGCUCCGGCGCGAAGGGAUGCCGCAGGCCUUGCCCUUCAGCGCGCGGAAGUCCCUGGCGCUCAAGACAGCGGUCGCGCGACCACACGUCCAGAAGUCGUUGGUCCAGGAGUCCGUGAAGUUCGAGCGCCGCACGAGGGAAAAUGAGUCCCAUGAUGACAGUUGGAAAACCGGCGAGAACAUGUUCGGCAAUGCCAAGCGCGAUCACGAUCGCUGGGCGCAUCGGGUGGACUCAGGUACCAGGGAAUCCUUCGACAAUGAUGGCGAGUCUCGGCUUCAGAAGCUCUACCUGGAGCGUCAGCCCUUUCCAGCAACGGGGGCCUUCAUGGGCAAAUGCUGGCGGAACCCCAUUACUGCGAAGCUGAUGCUGAAGAAGGUCAGUACAGACAACAACUUUCAGAUUAUCGACUUGUUCACCAGGAGUCGGGUUGCUGGAACUCCCCAGGAGCUGGCCAGGGAUCCGUACCUGUACAAGCCGGUGAUCCUGACUCUGCGGACCUGGAUUUACCAUGACUUUUUUAGGCAGAAGAAGUUGGUGGCCUCCGCAGAUGAGAAUGGCAUGGUGAAGUGGGUGCUCAAUAUUCCUUGCGUGGAUGCGCCCAUCAACUCGGGCCAAAGAUCAUCCGUUCUGUUCUACAUGCCCAUGGUGCUUUUCACGGCUUUCACAAAAGAUGCGGCCACUGUCGCCACCUCCCUGAUGGCACUCAUCGCCCUGGGGGUUCUAGCUGCCAUGUGCAACUCUGCGCAACUUUACAGCCGGGUGCGACUGUACAGCAUCCCCAUGCGUCUUUGUCACUUGGGAGUUGUGAUCCUCACGGUUGCUCAGAGUACUUUGGACACCAUGGCGGUCAUUGGUUACCUCCUGACCUUUUUGUUCAUCAUUCUCGAUGUCGCGAACGGCGAUCUAGCAAUGCUCACCAGCUACAGGUUUUGGUGCCACUAUGCCAUCAUCCGAGAAUUGCCCAUGCGCUGCUUCGUGUGCCGAAGAGAGGGCGCUGCGCACCUCGAGGAGCUGCUUGGCGAGCGGGCGGCGAUACCCACCACAGUGCAUGGCCUCUCGACAUGGCUAAAGGAGUACUCCUUCGUGGUAGAACUUUGUGGCGCCCUGUGUCAGCUGGAGCGCAUCUCGUUGAAGGAGUGGCAAGCCCUGCUGGAGGAACAGCACAAUGGCAAGCCGAAAUGCAAGUACGUCACCUUCGGCCUUUUCGACAAGAAGACGCCUUCCAUGUGGCACUUUUGCGAAGACUUCGAGGUGCCAAAGGUCGGGGACGCUGAAGUGCAGGUGAAGUCAGGGCCAGGCGGCAAACCUCCCGAACGGCAGGAGACAAGCCCAUGAACGUACAAGACUACUAAUUCACGGAGAAGGUGUGCUGAGCACUGCUCAGCAUUCCCGAAUGAGCUGUCAUCGCACUCACACAUCCCAAAUAAAAGUGAC